AUGAAAGAUUCACGGAUUGACCGUGCUGUGGGUCUUUGCAAAAAGCUUGUGGCCUACUUCAGCCAUAGUUGGAAGCGGAGGAGGGAGCUUGCUAUUGCUCAAAAGGAGCUCAACCUGCCUGAACUCCAGCUUAAAACGGAGUGCCCAACAAGAUGGGGAUCCCGACAAGCAAUGGUCCAGAGGAUCCUUGAACAGCAAACUGCUAUUGGACAUGUUCUCUCCUCUGACCGGAAGGCUAGACACCUGACACCAACCUGGCAGGAUAUCGAAGUCCUUGAAGUGAUCAACAAGACGCUCACCCCACUAGCAGACUUUACUGAUGCUCUCUCAGGAGAGCAGUAUGUUACUAUCUCAUCAGUCAAGCCUGUCCUCCACCUUUUUGAGACAAUGAUGGCAGUGCAGGAAGAUGAUACAGAUCUCGCACGAUCAAUUAAGUCAAAAAUCCUGCAUUACCUUAAAGAAAAGUAUAGUGAUCCACACACUCAGGAGCUGCUCGACAUAGCCACAGUAUUGGAUCCACGGUUUAAACUGGACUAUGUCGGUGAGGACAACAAAGUCAGUGUCAAGGACAGACUGAAGAAUGAGAUGACUAGCAUUGCUAUGCAAAGUCCCCCCACAAACUGCCCCCAGCGCCCAGCCUUCGCUGCCCCCCGUAGAAAAGAAGAGAAAGACCUUAGGCAGUUUUUUUAA